UGAUUUAAUAGAUUCAACCAUUGGGAUUUUUACACUGACUGGGUGGACUAUAUAAAUAAAGCCACGGAGAUCUGGCCUUGGCCUAACAUUAUGGCUACAUUAGGUGAAGAUGCGUUUGAUUAUAUUUACUCACCGUAUAAUCCCUACUCUUACCAAUACUUGAGCAGCCGACCGAAAGCUUCGAGUUGGAGACCGAGGAGUUACUUGAACUAUGGUGACCCUGGGGAAUAUUUUGAUAACUAUCAGCGGGCGCAGCUCAAAGCAAUAUUAUCCCAGGUGAACCCCAACCUAACACCACGGGUGAGAAAAGCCAACACGAAAGAUGUUGGAGUCCAGGUUAACCCCAAAAUUGAUGCGUCUGUGCAGUGUUCGCUGGGCCCCAGGACCCUCAUGAUGAUGACCACGAGGCAGAGGCGCCGGCCCCCUCCGAACCAAGUGCAGGGCAGCCCGGCCAGUAUGCCCAGGAAUGUGCGGUUCCGGAGGACCAUGGCCAUCUACUCCCCGAUUGUAUCCCCCAAUCUCAACAGUUUCGUAUACAGGGGAGAGCCGCGGGAGGCUGGCAGACAGGGCCCCAAAGAAGCACCCGCGAAGCCACAGCAGGAAGAGAAAGACGAGCCUGAAGGAGUGAAACAAGAGGACGGCGUCCAGGAGGAACCGGCCCCGGAGCAGGAGCAGGAACCAGCCCCGGAGCAAGGUCCGACGCCUGAAGAGAAAGGCGAUGAACCCACCGACUGCCUGGCCCUUCCAGCCGGGGAACUGCCUGAAGCUCCAGUAGAAAAUGAGAACGAGCCGGAGGCUGGAAACGCGGUCACUAAAACCAGCAAAAACGAAAAACGCUUGAGAUUUCAGUUUCUGGAGCAGAAAUAUGGAUACUUCCACUGUAAAGAGUGCAACGCUCGCUGGGAGAGUGCAUACGUCUGGUGUGUACAAGGUACUAACAAGGUCUACUUUAAGCAAUUUUGCAGAACCUGCGAGAAGGCCUACAACCCGUACCGUGUCGAGGACAUCACCUGCCAAACCUGCAAACAGACAAGAUGCACAUGUCCUGUCAAAAUGCGCCAUGUUGACCCGAAGAGGCCUCACCGCCAGGAUCUGUGUGGGAGGUGCAAAGGCAAGCGGCUCUCCUGUGACAGCACUUUCAGCUUCAAAUACAUCAUUUGAUUUGGAUGGUAGCGUUAACUCCUGCGAGGACUCAAGUUAAUGGAAUGCAAAAAACUUUGUUUUUGUCCUUUUUGGUUUAUUGAAACGAUCGAACAGCGCUUAAGAAAAUAAAGUGUAUAAAAAGCA